AUGUUGGAGAACCAUGAUCCAAAGUUGUAUAGAAGCAUUGUAGGAGCUUUACAAUAUGCUACUAUUACAAGACCCCACAUCAAUUUUGUUGUUAACAAGAUUCAUAAGUCCAAUGGUUUUAUUUCUAGUUUUUCUGAUUCUGAUUUGGCCUCUGAUUUAGAUGAUAGAAGAUCUACCAGUGGAAUUUGCACAUAUUAUGGGAAUAAUCCGAUUUCUUGGUGUGCAAAGAAGCAAGGAGUUGUGGCUAGGUCUAGCACUGAAGCAGAAUACAGGAAUUUAGCUUUAGCAGCUCAGAGGUUGCAUGGUUGA